AUGUCAAGAUAUAUAAUUUGGUUAGCUAUCGCAUGUACUUGCAGACCUUUAUUUAAUCUUUUAUUGGCAACAGAUGCUUUUGAUGGAAUUCAGUGCUUCAAAUACUAAGAAUACUCAAAAAAUUAUUUUGAAGAUAAAAAUAUUUAAAUUCUUUAAAACACAUAUCAUACUAAAACUAUAAUAUUUGUAGUAUUUUCUAUUUGUAAUAAUAUAUCUCUAAUUCCACUUACAAUACUUUUGUCGCCUAGAAGAAGAUUCAGAUAAAAUAAAUUACAACCAUUUGCAAAGUCUUUACAGGAAGAUUUUGUAUAAAGUUAUCAGAAAGAUGAUUCAAUUUCAAAUAUAGACGCUGAUAAUAAAAGCAGUACAAAUAAUGUUUGAAGAUCUAACAAAGUUAAAUUUCUUUUAACGUCUACAAACAUAACUAAAUUUGCUAUCAAACUUUUAAAUUAAUUUAUUUAUUAAUUUCUAAACCAAUUUAAUUUAAUAAAUUUAUAUAAAAUAACUAUUAAUUUCAUUAUGUAAAAUGAAUUAUUUAUUAUAUUUCACUUUAAUCUUUCAUAUAUCAAAUUCAAUGAAUUCUUAUUUAUGUUUUCAGUAAAUAUCUUAUAAUUAUAUUUACUUAAAUUUCCUUAUCUAAAUAUUAUUAAUUUUAUUUAUGUAAAAAUAUCACAUAAGUUAAUAAAAUAAUACUUGA